AUGUAUCUAUCUAUCUAUCUAUCUAUCUAUCUAUCUAAAUUCAGUAAACCUUAUUUGUUUUUUUGUUUUUACUACAAUCCAUCCAUCUAUCUAUCUAUCUAUCUAUCUAUCUAUCGAUUUUAUUCUUUACAUAUCUAUCUAUCUAUCUAUCUAUCUAUGUUAUUCUUUACAUAUCUAUCUAUCUCACUCUGUUUAUAUCUAUCUAUCUAUCUAUCUAUCUAUCUAUGUUAUUCUUUACAUAUCUAUCUAUCUAUUAUCUAUCUAUCAUAUCUAUCUAUCAAUCUAUCUAUCUAUCAGUCUAUAUCUAUCUAUCUUAGUCUGUUCAUAUCUAUUUAUCUAUUAUCUAUCUAUCUAUCUAUCUAUCUAUCUUUCUAUCUAUCGAUUUUAUUCUUUACAUAUUAUCUAUAUAUCUAUCUAUCUAUCUAUCUAUCUAUGUUAUUAAAUACAUAUCUAAUUUUAUGUCAGCCACCAUCUAUCUAUCUAUCUAUCUAUAUUCUUUUACAUAUUUUGAAUCUAUCUCAAGUUUUUAUAUGGAAUCUAUCUAUCUAUCUAUUAACUCUGGGAUUUUUCCUCCUCCAUCAUAUCAAUACCUACCAGCCCGCUUACCCCCAUAUUUUCCACUUCUUAUCCGCUAACGACCUAUUAAUUAACCCAUUCUCCUAUUUCUUUUCUUUCUCGCCAUUUUUUUUUCUUUUUCCGUUUUCUUUAUUUGUUCGCCAGCAUUUGUUCUUUCUUUCGUUUUUUCAAUCAUUAUUUUCUUUUCUCGUUUUUCUACACCCGGCCAUCUUCACUAGUUCUUUUCAUCUUUUCUUAUUUCUGUGCUUCUUCUUUGCUUUUUUUAUUUUGUUUAUAUCUUUAUUAUUCAGUUUUCAUCACUACCGUUACCAUCGUUAUCUUCUUCUUCUUCUUCUUCUUCUUCUUCUUCUUCUUCUUCUUUUACUUUCUAUCACUCAUUUUAUUAUUUCUCUUCCUUUUUAUCACUCCUUCAUUUCUUCUCCCUUCUUUAAUUCCUUCUUUUUCUUUUCUCCUCCUCCUCCUCCUCCUUCUUCUUCUUCUUCUUCUUCUUCUUCUUCUUCUUCUUCUUCUUCUUCUUCUUCUUCUUCUUCCUUUCUAUCACUCAUUUGUUUUUCUUCUUCUCCCUUCUAUAAUUCCUUUCUUCUUCUUCUUCUUCUUCUUCUUCCUUUCUAUCACUCAUUUGUUUUUCUUCUUCUCCCUUCUAUAAUUCCUUUCUUUUUCUUCUUCUUCUUCUUCCUUUCUCAUUUCAUUUUUUUUCUUCUUCUCCCUUCUAUAAUUCUUUUUCUUCUUCUUUUUCUUCUUCUUUCUUUUCUUCUUCUUUUCUAUUUUUUCAUUUGUUUUUCUUCUUCUCCCUUCUAUAAUUCCUUUCUUUUCUUCUUCUUCUUCUUCUUCACUUUCUUCUUCUUCUUCUUCUUCUUCUUCUUCUUCUUCUUCUUCUCAUUAUUAUUAUUAUUCUUUUUUUUUUCUUCCUUUUUUUCCUUUCCUUCUCUUUCUUUUUCUUUUCUUUUCUUUCUUUCUUCUUCUUCUUCUUCUUUUAUUAUUUUGUUUCUUUUUUUAUCCUUCUUUUUUUUCUUUCCUUCUUUAAUUCCUUUUUUUUCUUUUCUCCUCCUUCCUCCUUCUUUUUCUUCUUCUUCUUCUUUCUUCUUCUUCUUCUUCCUUUCUAUUCUUUCAUUUAUUUCUUCUUUAUUUCUUUUCUUUUCUUCUUUUCUUUUUCUUUUUCUUCUUCUUCUUCUUUUUUUAUUCUUUUUUUUUUUUUUUUUUCCUUCUAUUCUUUUUUCUUUUUCUUUUUCUUUUUUUUUCUUCUUCUUCUUCUUUUUUUAUUUCUUUUUCUUCUUCUUCUUCUUUUUUAUUUCAUUUCUUUUUUUUUUUCCUUUAUUUAACUUUUUCUUUUUUUUCUUCUUAUUCUUUUUCUUCUUUCUUUUUUUUCUUCUUUUUUUUUCUUUUCUUUUUUUCUUCUUUUUUUAUUUAUUUCUUUCUUUUUUAUCCUUCUUUUCUUUCUUUUUUCCUUUUUUUUCUUUUUCUUUUCUUUUUUUUUUUUUUUCUCCUUUUCUUUCUUUUCUUUUUUUUUUUUUUUUUCUUUCUUGUUUUUUUUUGUUUUUUCUAUUUAUCUUUCUAUCUUUCUAUUUAUCUAUCUUUUUAUCUAUCUCAAUUUUUUUUUUUCAUUUUUCUUUUUUUUUUUCUUCUAUAUCUUUCAUUUGA